AAGAUUAAAUCUUUAGGAAAAAAAAAAAAAAGAAACAAAAUAUUUGAGUUUUGUAAUAAGAAUAAACUUCCUAGAUCUGGACAGUUUUUAUAUAAAUUCAGUCUGUACCUUAGCUUCCCAAAGUUCUAAUCUUUAUAUGUUCAGGUUUUUAUUUCUUUGGCUAGACUCUUGUUUUCAUUACUUGCUCAAUUGAAAGAAAAACUCUUGAUUACGCCAAAGUUUAAGGCUUUAUUUUAUUUUUUCGCUUGUGUUUUUCUAACAAAAUGUUAAGUGUAAUUUUAAUGCUGGUUAAGUUUUAAUUUUUGGCCAAUUUAGCGUGAAAAUUUUUAUAAAUAUUUGAAAGAGUUCAUCGACUGAACGAUGAUGGAGGGCAAGCUUCAACGUUCUUUUCCUUUGAGGUUAAACCGUCGAAAUCAAACUCCACGAGCAAAGGAUAAUGAAGGCGGGAGGUUUUCUCAAGAUUAUCCAAUGAAGAUCGUUUGGAAGAGGGGAUUUAUUCGAUUAGUUCUUGUAGCAGGCAUCGUAUGGAUGUUACUGAUCCUCUUUGUAUUGCUAAUUCAUGUUUGGUCUUGCCAAUCUUCGGUGGCUUUCAUUUCAGCUAUUUGUAACAAGCAAGGCAAGGUAUUUAUCAUGUUAGACACAAUGGGAUUUGUACCAAAACCUCAACACCGUUGUCCAAUUCCUGUUGCUGAUGACCCUAACAGAAUUAUUAUACCAAAGGAAAGAACUCCCGAUGAAAUUGUCAAAAAUCUAAAUUAUAUUAUGGAGGAGGUGUUCAUGAAUAAUGGAUCUCAUUCAUUUCCUCUAUUUGGGGGAAAUCAGAGCUGGUCUCAAAGAGAAGAAAGUUUCAAAUUAAAUUCCACCAUGAAGGUGCACUGUGGAUUUAUGAGAAAGGGUGGAGCAGAAAUGUCUUCCUUAGAUGUCAAAUAUGUUAAGAAGUGCAGGUUUGUGGUUGCGUCCGGGAUUUUUGAUGGAUAUGAUGUACCUCAUCAGCCUACAAACAUAAGUCACCGCUCUAAAAAGCUCUUCUGUUUUCUUAUGACGGUGGAUGAGGAAUCUCUGAAUUUCAUAAAGAAGAAUGUUACUGUUAAAGAAGAUUCUGCUGGGGGUCAAUGGGUGGGUAUAUGGCGUCUUAUUCUUCUGAAGAAUCCACCUUAUGAUGAGCCCAGAAGGAAUGGUAAGGUUCCAAAGAUUUUAACCCAUAGGUUGUUUCCUCAAGCACAAUACAGCAUUUGGAUUGAUGGUAAAAUGGAGCUGAUUGUUGAUCCAUUGCUAAUUCUUGAAAGAUACUUAUGGCGCAAUAAGAAUACCUUUGCUAUUGCUCAGCACAAACAUCACCACAGUAUAUAUGAGGAGGCUGAUGCAAACAAGCGAAGGAAGCGGUAUGCCCGACCUCUUAUCGAUCUUCACAUGAAAAUUUACCAAUAUGAAGGAAUGGAGCCCUGGAGUAUAAAGAAAAAUACUGUUAGUGAUGUGCCCGAGGGAGCUGUCAUCAUACGGGAACACACAGCAAUGAGUAACCUAUUUAGCUGCCUUUGGUUCAAUGAGGUCAACCUCUUCACACCGAGAGACCAGCUGAGUUUUGGGUAUGUUGUUUAUAGGUUAGGGGGGUCAUUCAAGUUUUACAUGUUUCCAAAUUGUGAAUACAACUCAUUGUUUGUGUUGCAUCCACACACUAGAGAGCAUUCUUCUAAAAUUGAGUGGGUAAAGAAUACAUCUGAGUUGAUGGGUAAGGGUAGCAGCAUGAAAGAAAGUAGGGGUGGACUAGGCUUGUGGACUACUUAUCCUGGGAACCUCGAUUUAGUCGUCCUCCCGCCUGUUGCUAGAACAUCUAAAGCAGGCUGAGAUUCAAUGGAACAAUCCAUUUGAUCUUAUUAUUAUUUUUUACUGAUUCCUCUUUAUUUUUGAAACUAGGAUACGGCGAGGGUCUAGAACAUUUGUAGAAAAGGUGAGAUCAAUCGCCAAAAUCUGUAAGAUUUUGUGACACAUUAUUAUAAGAUCAAUAAAAAUUGAUAGCUUUGGCAGUUCUUUUUCGAAA